GCCUCAUCCUGACGCUGUCAGCGCGCACAGCCUCGGCUGCUCUCCUCGCUCGCCUUCUGUCCCUAUCCAGGGACCGAUUAGGUGCGGGCGACGGGAUUCCAGCUGAGGUUUCAGAAUCUGAGACCUCACCAAAGUAUCAGACUGGGUGCCGCCAGCAGCCACCCCAGUCUGGGUUGGGAGCGCACGCGUCUUUGGAGCUAUCCGCGGCGGUGCAGUUUCCCCAGGGAGCCAACUUUAGGCCAGCUCGAGGACUGGGUGCAGGCUCCGACCCAGCAGAUCGGUCCGAGGGGUCUCAGGCAGUGGAACCCGAGGAGUCCCCAGGCACGCCGGAUUGCGCGUCGGGUCCCGUCCCGCAGCGCCAUUCCUUAAAGGGCUCUAAGGCCAGGGGCGCACGGCAGCCACGGGCAUGGAGGGCGCGCUUGCGGCCAACUGGAGCGCGGAGGCGGUCAAUGGCAGCGAGGCGCUGCCGGGAGCCGAGGGCAACCGCACCGCCGGGCCCCCGCAGCGCAACGAGGCCCUGGCGCGCGUGGAGGUGGCCGUGCUGUGCCUCAUUCUCUUCCUGGCGCUGAGCGGCAACGCGUGCGUGCUACUGGCGCUGCGCACCACGCGCCACAAGCACUCGCGCCUUUUCUUUUUCAUGAAGCACCUGAGUAUAGCCGACCUGGUGGUGGCAGUGUUCCAGGUGCUGCCGCAACUGCUCUGGGACAUCACUUUCCGCUUCUACGGGCCCGACCUGCUGUGCCGCCUGGUUAAGUACCUGCAGGUGGUGGGCAUGUUCGCCUCCACCUACUUGCUGCUGCUCAUGUCUCUCGACCGCUGCCUGGCCAUCUGCCAGCCGCUGCGGGCGCUGCGUCGCCGCGCGGACCGCCUGGCGGUGCUCGCCACGUGGCUGGGGUGCCUGGUGGCCAGCGCGCCCCAAGUGCACAUCUUCUCGCUGCGCGAGGUGGCCGACGGCGUCUUCGACUGCUGGGCCGUCUUCAUCCAGCCCUGGGGGCCCAAGGCCUACAUCACGUGGAUCACGCUCUCGGUCUAUAUCGUGCCUGUCAUCGUGCUCGCCGUCUGCUACGGCCUCAUCAGCUUCAAGAUCUGGCAGAACUUGCGGCUCAAGACGGCGGCGGCGGCGGCGGAGGCGGAGGGGCAGGAGGGCGCGGCGGUGGCGGGCAGCGCUGGGCGCGCGGCUCUGGCACGCGUCAGCAGCGUGAAGCUCAUCUCCAAGGCCAAGAUCCGCACCGUCAAGAUGACCUUCAUUAUCGUGCUGGCCUUCAUCGUGUGCUGGACGCCAUUCUUCUUCGUUCAGAUGUGGAGCGUCUGGGACGCCAAUGCGCCCAAGGAAGCCUCGGCCUUCAUCAUAGCCAUGCUCCUGGCCAGCCUCAAUAGCUGCUGCAACCCUUGGAUCUACAUGCUCUUCACCGGCCACCUCUUCCACGAACUUGUACAGCGCUUCCUCUGCUGCUCCUCCAGCUACCUGAAGGGCAGCCGGCCAGGAGAGACCAGCGUGAGCAAAAAGAGCAACUCCUCCACCUUUGUCCUGAGCCGCCACAGCUCCAGCCAGAGGAGCUCCUCGCAGCCAUCCACGGUGUGACCGGCCCGGGGCCAGGACUGCCUCCCACGGCUCAGCCUGUGCCUACACGGACAGUCCACCCCUUGGUGGCAUGUGUGCAUGUAUUUGAGGUACCUUUCAGUUUGCACCCUUCCACACCUUGGGGUAGCUUGAGUGGGGAAUUCUGACAUGGGGGUUGGGGAAGUAGUCCUCAUGGUGGAAGAUGAUGGGGUGACUCAUCCAUCAGACAAUCCCUGGAUCUCCCCUGGUUUCCCACAGAUGUUUAUGUACCCUGACCCCACUGUUGCCCCUGGCUGGUGGAUGGGUUGUUUUUUUUCUCCUGGACCUGUCAUUUCACUCCAGUAUCUUUUAACUCCUUUACGCUGGGAUCUUGAGAAAGUAACUAUAGGAUUGGUGACUCCCCGGGUGUGGAAGCCUAGUGUUCUGAGCUCAGAAUAAGGAGUGAGCUCAGCUGCGGAGGGUGGUACCAAUAUCUUCCUGACUUCAGAGUGCUUUUACCUUUGCAUGGACCCAUCCCAGCAUCCUGGGGCAACAGCAUGUCAGAAGGUGGCCCUAGGAACAGGGGAUUCUCUUAUGAAACCAUUUGGCAUAGGCAGCUGAUUAAAACCUGGGUUACAAAUGUUUAAGAAGCUAAUAUUUAUAUGAAGCAAUUGGGAAAGAAAAAUAAAAGGCAUCCAAAUUGGAAAAGAAGAAGUAAAACUCUUUGCAAAUGACAUAAUUUUGUAUGUAGACAAUUCUAAGGAAUUCGUGCACCUGUGCAAACCGAUUAGAAUGAAUAAAUGAGUUCAUCAAGGUUGCAGGAUACAAGAUCAACAUACAAAAACCAGUGGUAUUUCUUUUUUUUUUUAAUGUUUAUUUUUGAGAGAGAGAGUGUGAGCAGGGGAGGGGCAGAGGAAGAGGGGGACAGAGGAUCUGAAGCCGGCUCUGCACACUGACAGCAGUGAGCCCGAUGUCGGGCUGGAACUCACAAACCGUGAGAUCAUGACCCAAGCUGAAGUCGAACACUCAACCUACUGAGCCACCCAGGUGCUCCACCAGUGGUAUUUCUUGAUUCUAGCAAUUAACCAUAUGAAAAAGAAAUUAAGAAAUAAUUCCAUAUAUAAUAAUUUAAGAAAGGAUAAAAUAGGAAUAAGUCUAAGAAAAAAAGUACAAGACCGAUACCCUGACAACUACAAAAUAUCAUUGAAAGAAACUGAAGAAGACUUAAAUACAUGGAAAGAUAUCCCAUGUUCAUGGAUCAGAGACUUUAAAUAUUGUUAAGAUGACAGUAUUGUCCAAAUUGAUCUUCAGAUUCAGUGCAAUCUCUUAUCAAAAUCCUAGUUGGCUUCUUUGCACAACUUGAUAAGCUGAUCCCAAAAUUCAUACAGAAAUGCAAGGGACCCAGAAUAGCUGAAUAAUCCUUGAAAAAGAAGAACAAAGUGGGAUUCCUGGUCUCAAACUUAAAAGAGUGUGGUACUGUAUAAUGGUAGACAUCUAGACCAUUGCAGUAGAAUGGAGAGUGCAGAUAUAAACCCUCACAUUUAUGGCCAAUUGAUUUUUGACAACUGUGGCAAGAGAAUUCACUAGGGAAGACAAUCUGUUCAAUAAAUGGCUCUGGGAAAACGGGAUAUCCACAUGCAAAAGAAUGAAGCUGGUGAAGGUACAAACUUCCAGUUAGGAAAAUAAAUAAGUCACAGUGAUAAAAAGUACAGCCCAGGGAGUAUGGUCAAUGAUAUUGUAAUCAGGUUGUGUGGUGAUCACACUUGUCAUGGUGUGAGCCUUGAGUAAUGGGUGGGAUUGUUGGAAUUCGAUGUUGUACACCUGAAACUAAUAUCGCAUUGUAUGUCAACUAUACUUCAAUGAACAAAAGAGUGAAGCUGGACUCCUACCUCACACUGUGUGUAAAAAUUAACUCAAAGUGCUUCCAGCCCUAAAUGUAAGAGUUAAAACUAUAAAAUUCUUAGAAGAAAACAUAGCCAUAAAUCUUUGUGACCUUGGACUAGGCAGUGAUUUCUUAGCCAUGAUACCCAAAAAGCAAACGCAAAGGAAAAGUAGAUAAAUUGAACCCCAUCAAAACGGGGUACAGUACUUUUGUGCUUUGAAGGACAUGAUCAAGAAAGUGAAAAGGUAUCUCACAGAACGGAAGAAAAUGUUUGCAAAUCAGAUACUCCUAUCCAGAAUAUAUCGAGCAUUCUAACAACUUAACAAUAACAAGACAAAUAAGCCAAGUUUUAAAAGGGACAAAAUAGGGGUGCCUGGCUGGCUCAGUCGGUGGAGUGUGCGACUCAUGAUCUUGGGGUUGUGAGUCUGAGCCCUGCAUUUGGGGUAGAGAUUACCUGAAAAUAAAAAUCUUUAAGAAAAGGGGGCAUAAGAUAUUUGAAUAAACAAACAAACAAAAAGACAUAUUUUCCUGUCCUCUCCAAGGAAGACCUAAAAAUGGCCAAUGAGCCCAUGAAAAGAUGCUCAAUAUUUUUCAUUAGGAAAAUGCAAAUGAAAACCGCAGUGAAACGCCAUGUCCCACCUGCUAGGAUGACCAUGAUCAAAAAGAUGGGCACUAACAGGUGCUGGCAAGGAUGUGGAAGGAUUGGAACUCUCAUACGUUGCUGGUGGGAAUAGAAAAUGGUCCAGCCACUUAGAACAUACUUUGGCUGUUUCUCAAAAAGUGAAACAUAGAAUUGCCAUAUGAGCCAGAUAUGCCACUCCUAAGUAUUUACUCCAGAGAAAUGAGAGCGUACACAUAGACAAAGACUUGUACAUAAAUGCUCAUGGCAUCAUAAUUUAUAAUAGCGCAAAAUGGAAAUAGCCCAGAGGUGUAUCCACAGAUGAAUGGAUGAACACGGUCUGUCCAUACGAUGGGAUAUUAUUGGGCUAUAAAAAUAAAGGAAAUCAUGAUUCAUGCUACAACACGGAUGAACCUUGAAAAGAGUAUGCCAAGUGAAGACAGCCAUUGCAGAAAGCCACUUACUGUACAGUUCCAUUUUUGUGAAAUAUCUGGAGUAGGCAGAUCUAUAAAGUCUACAGAAUUGUGGUUGCCAGGGGCCGAAGGCCGUGGAUGCUAAUAAGAUACAGGGUUUUGGGGCAGGGAGGUGAUGAUAGUUUUUAGGAAUUAGUGAUGAUGGCAUGUGAUUUUUAGAAUAGGGCCAAUACCACUGAGUUGAGCACUUUAAAAGAAGUUUACAACAACAACAACAACAACAAAAACAAAAUGUUUACCAGCUGAAUUCAGACGUGGCCAGCUGGAAGGAUGAAUUCCUUAGAAUCCCUCUGAGCUUUUUUUGUGUGUUUGUUUCUCUCUGUAACUCACCAUUUAGGAGGAAUGGUUUUCUUAUUCAGUUUUUCUGCAAGAGAUGGUGUUUCCCGCUUGGCCAAAGUUCCCAGCAGUGAUAAUCCUCUCUUCCUGCUCUAGUAAAGGCACAAGCGAUGUCUUGAGGCUGCACACUGUUGUGUUUUAUUUAGAAGAGCAAUUCACCAGGGGUCUCAAAGGUUUUACUGACCUAGGAAACAUGUUCUCAAGGGUCCUCACAGCCUUGAGGUAGGACGUGACCAUGCCCAAGAAAUACCUUUGGUUAUUAAAUACAGGAUAUUCUGGAUCAGAGGUUUUCCGAUUGGGACUGGUCAGCUCAUUGACACUGUGGGACUCUUUUUUUUUUUUUUUUAAUUUCUACACAUAUUUUUUGGACUCACAAACAAGAGCACUUCCUGAACGUCACAGAUCCACUCUCUAUAUGCACUGUCCUCUUCUCCCUCCACACUGCAUUAUGCACACACAUACACGUGCACACACACGUAUGCACACAGUAGAAGAAGCUGGCAUGGUCUUGAUGUUUGGGGAGAAGAGAGGCAAGCACUGAAAUGCCAGUAUUCAGACUCUCACCAUUUAGUACAAGACCUUCAGUACUGACUGGGGACUGAAGACUAUAUCAUCUUUGGACCCAGAGACAGUGUUGCUGUCACACAUACUGACAGCAUCAACACCAGCCAGUUCUUGCUUUUUGGAAAGCUAACAGGGUGCUGAUUUGGGGUCUUUGUGACCACAUACAGGACCAUGGGGCACUCUGGGUGCAAAUGCACCCGUGGUGGGGUCUGUUGGCAUUUGAGCCUAUCUGCUCACCAGCCAGAGAUGCCCCAGCCUCUGCUGUUCCUGGGAAAGUUGCUGCCCUAGCAGCCAACGGAGGCCACUGGGGAUUGAGGGGACAGCAACUCACAGAUUGUCCUGACUAGGGGCACAACCUUCCUGAGACCCCUGGAGCUGCAAGAUUCUUGGGCACUGGAACCAGCUGGGAUGCUUCCCUCAUUCUCUUCCUGUGGUAUCUCUGGAUGGUUCUUUGGGUCUUAUUAUGGUGCCAGAGUCUGUCUUAUAUAUACCACUUAUCAGUGGCAUUUGGUUUCGGCUGCACCCGUGGCUUCCACACCGCUCCCCUCCCGAUCUCAUGCUGGAGGAAGUUUCCAUCGUCUCGGGCUUUCCCCAACCAAACUCUGGAAGCAUGAGUGCAGGGUCCAGAAUGCUGUCUGAAGCUCAGUUGUUUCUGUCCUCCUUCCCCAGACCUCGUGUCUGAGGUCUGUGAACCAUCUUUUCCCACAGCAUCAGACCUGUUUACAAACCUCACGCGUGGCUGGAGGCACCAGUAAAUUGAACCAUGCGCAUUUUCUCCUGGAAUGUUUCAUUCUGAUGGUCAAAAGUGACAUGUGAACACUUGAGGACUCUGAGCCUUAUUUCUUUAGGCCCUGAAAAAAAAAAGUGUCACACAAUUUGCUCUCCUUUUGGGUUGGAUCUGUGGGUUACACCUGCAGGAGGCUGCCUUUUACAAAGAUCCUGGUUUCAAAGUGCUACACCUAUUGUAUUUAAUUGCAACGAAACACCACUGAAUACAAAAUGUGACUUCCUUGACUGUGUUCUCCUGUGGUGACUUUUCUGUGGUACCCUCGUGGACUGUGCCAGUUGCUGAAUGAUGUGGCCAAUAGCAAGAUGUCUGCUUCGUUAACUGCUUUAUAAAAGGUGCACUGAAUAAACAUUUUUCCCCC